AGAAGAAGAAGAAGAAAAUCUGUCAAAUAUAUCAAACUAAUUUUGUAUUAAGAAACAAACAAAUUUUCCACAUUUUAACAAUUUUACUCUGUAAGUUUUAUAAUUUAAUCAAGUAAUAAGUUAGUUAAAUAGUCUCAUGACGAUACUUAUGGCUACCAGUAAUGUCGGACAUUUAGAAGAUGAGGCCUUGAAGAGGAAAGAGAGGUUAAAAGCUCUCAAACGUAAAAGGGAGGGAGCUAGUGUAAGUGUAAAUGGGACGUCUCAUUCAGAAGAGGCCGAAGCUUUGCCAAGACCUAUAUUUAGAAAUUAUAAACCGGCAGAUGAUGAUUUAACAGAGUUAGCGGUAGAACCAGCACGUCCAGGCGAUGUCAGUUCAGAGGUGAAGGACCAGCUGGAGUCGGCAAAAUCGGAAAUAGUAAUCGAUCAACUGGAUGUCACUUCUCUAGCCCCCAGGAAACCGGACUGGGAUUUAAAGAGAGACGUGGCGAAGAAAUUAGCUAAAUUGGAGAGGCAGACCCAGAAGGCUAUUGCAGAACUGAUUCGAGAACGUCUGAAAGAAAGAAGCGAGAUGGAAGACUUAGCGGCCAUCGUUAAUGCAGGGGUCUCUAGCAAUACGUGACAAUAGUAGCAGAGUUUUGUGGUUUAUAAACGUACAUGUACAUUUUUCAUCUUUUGGUAGUAGUUUACUAUAUUAUAUAAUUAAUUAAUAAAAAAAAACAGAAACGUUUCAUGUUUCGUGUUUUGUCUGAACAAUAAAACUUUGAGUAAUUUGUGUUAUUUGGGCACACCACACCACAGCAAAAUUCCACUGAGAACAACUUAAUAAAACCAUUCUUGAAGUUAA